GUGUGUGUGUGUGCGUGCGUUUUUGUGCUGUCAGGCACCAAUGCAUCUGCACCAGACCAGCUGAGCCUGGCUCUGGCAUGGAACAGAGUGGACAUUGCUCGCAAUCAGAUAUUUGUCUAUGGACACUAUUUACCUCCUGCCAGUGCUCUACCCAAUACAACAGGCAUUACCACCACCGCUGGCCCCACCCAGGAGAGGCAGAAGAGCCCUGCCAGCGGCACAAGAAACAAGGCCAAGGGCAAGAAAGGCAAGGGGGGGAAAGUCAAGCCCGAACCUCCAGAGGAGACGGAUCCCAGGAAGCUGGAGCUCAUUAGAUGGGUGAAUUCUCUGGAGCAGGCCAUGAUGGACGCCUUAGUGCUGGACAGGGUGGACUUUGUCAAACUGCUAAUAGAGAAUGGUGUGAACAUUCACCACUUCCUCACCAUCCCCCAUCUGGAGGAGCUGUAUAACACGAAACUAGGUCCUGCGAACACCUUGCACGUUGUGGUGAGGGAAGUCAAGAAGGGAAACCUCCCCCCAGAUUAUAACAUCACCAUGAUAGACAUUGGGUUGGUGAUGGAACACCUCAUGGGUGGGGCUUACCGCUGCAAUUACACCAGGAAGACCUUCCGUAAUCUCUACAACAACCUGUAUGGACUAAAGAGGCCAAAAGCCCUGAAACUCUUGGGAAUGGAGGAUGAUGACCCAAGACCUAAAGGAAAGAAAAAGAAAAAGAAAGAGGAGGAGGUAGAAAUUGACAUUGACGACCCUGAGGUUUGUCGCUUCAAGUAUCCGUUCCAUGAGCUCAUGGUAUGGGCAGUAUUGAUGAAGCGCCAGAAGAUGGCACUGUUUCUAUGGCAGAGAGGGGAGGAGACCAUGGCCAAAGCACUGGUAGCAUGUAAGCUCUAUAAGGCCAUGGCCCACGAGUCCUCAGAGAGCGAGUUGGUUGACGACAUCUCCCAGGACCUGGAGAACAACUCCAAGGAAUUUGGCCAGCUAGCCUAUGAGCUCCUGGAUCAGUCCUAUAAGCAUGAUGAGCAGGUCGCCAUGAAGCUCCUUACCUAUGAGCUGACCAACUGGAGUAACUCGACCUGUCUCAAGUUGGCUGUGGCUGCUAAGCAACGUGACUUCAUUGCUCACACAUGCAGUCAGAUGUUGCUCACAGACAUGUGGAUGGGUUGCCUGAGAAUGGGCAAAAGUCCUGGUAUUAAGGUGAUCCUAGGCAUCAUCUUCCCACCCCUGAUUCUGCUGCUGGACUUCCGUCUAGGAGAUGAGAUGUCCUCUCAAGGCUCUGGAGAGGUUGACCAAAGCAAAGACAAGAAUGACGACAACAAAUCCAGCAAGGAUGCCAGUGGUGAUGCUACAUCCAGGAAGGGAGAUGAGGAAGAAGGAAACACCAAAUUUCACAAGGUUCCCAUCGGGAAAAAGAUCUAUGAGUUCUAUAAUGCUCCUUUCACCAAGUUCUGGUUUAACACUAUCUCCUACUUGAGCUACUUGAUGUUAUACAACUACAUCAUCUUGGUGAAGAUGGAGCCCUGGCCAUCUAUACACGAGUGGACCGUCAUCUCCUACAUCCUCACACUAGGCUUUGAGAAAAUCAGACAGAUCUUGAUGUCGGAGCCAGGGAAGCUGAAACAGAAGAUAAACGUGUGGCUGGAGGAGUACUGGAACAUCACAGACCUAGUGGCCAUCACCACCUUCCUGCUUGGGCUUAUUCUACGUCUGCAGAGCGAGCCCUAUAUGGGCUGGGGUCGGGUAAUCUACUGCAUCGACAUCAUCUUCUGGUAUAUUCGCGUGCUUGACAUCUUCGGAGUGAACAAAUACCUGGGACCCUAUGUCAUGAUGAUCGGUAAAAUGAUGAUUGACAUGAUGUACUUUGUGGUAAUCAUGCUGGUGGUGUUGAUGAGCUUCGGCGUGGCCCGGCAGGCCAUUCUACACCCUGACGAGGAGCCCACCUGGCGCCUGGCCAGGAACAUCUUCUACAUGCCCUACUGGAUGAUCUAUGGAGAAGUGUUUGCGGACUCGAUAGACCUCUAUGCAAUGGAAAUCAACCCUCCAUGUGGGGAAAAUGUUUAUGAUGAGGAUGGGAAGAAGCUUCCGCCAUGCAUUCCUGGAGCCUGGCUAACCCCUGCACUCAUGGCUUGCUACCUGCUGGUGGCCAAUAUCCUGCUGGUCAAUCUGCUCAUUGCUGUCUUCAAUAACACAUUCUUCGAAGUGAAGUCCAUCUCCAACCAGGUGUGGAAGUUCCAGAGAUAUCAGCUGAUCAUGACCUUCCAUGACCGGCCCAUUCUGCCUCCCCCUCUCAUCAUCUUCAGCCACCUCUACAUCAUCUUCAACAGGCUGUUCCGUCACUGCGCCAAAAAGAAACAGGAAGGGGAGCUGGAUGAGAAAGACAGAGGACUCAAGCUGAGGCUCACUCCAGAUGAGCUGAGAAACCUGUAUGAGUUUGAGGAACAGUGUGUGGAGGAGUAUUUCCGUGAGAAGGAAGAUGAGCAGCAGUCCUCCACAGAUGAGCGUGUCAAAGUUACCACAGAGAGGGUUGAAAACAUGUCCAUGCGCCUGGAGGAGGUAAACGAGAGAGAGAAUACCAUGAAGGCCUCCCUGCAGACAGUGGACCUUCGCUUGGCCCAGCUGGAGGACAUCCAUGGGCGCAUGACAACAGCCCUGGAAAAGCUGGCUGGGGUAGACAGGUCAGACCUGACCUGCACGCUCUCCCGGGCCUCAUCCGUGCGCGACCCAUCUGGCUUGUUCCGCAACAGCAGCAUCAAGAGUUCUGAUGGCUACAGCCUCUACCGCUUCCACCUGGAUAUGGAAGAACAGAGGGAGGCAGACAAGAUGGCUCAUUCAGGUCUUGAGCAACAGAGGAGUCUUCGACAAUCCACCAACGUCUCUGCCCUCAGUGUCAAGGAGUACGGUAACACCUUAGAUGUGGAUGCAGGGGACAGGAUGCGGCACAGCUCAUGUGUGGACAUCCUGAUAUCCCCAUGUGACCAGAAGCCUACCUCUGAGGGAGUUGAUGGAGAGACUAUAACAGACACAUCUACAGAGGCAUUUGUAGACAUUGGCAAUCCCCUAAAAAAAGGUCUACAUUUGGGAAGAGCCAACCUUGAAACUUCUUCCUCCUACCCUUUAGAGAGGUCCAGUUCUUUGAAAAGCUAUCCUCAUGAAGGCACUGUCACCUCUCCUUACUCUGAGAGGAAAACAAUGAGUGGUAUUCUCUACAAUCCAGCUGAUGAAUCAAAUGAAGCCCUCUCAACUUUUGACUACAGCUCUCUAAUGGACCAUUUAACCAAGAAUCCAAGUCAGUGGCCAGCCUUCUUUAGAUAUAAGAUCCAUCCCAGUCCUCUUGGUCAGACACCUAAUGUGUCUAUAUUAAUGUCUCCUGUUUUGCAACCUGACCUGCCCACCGUCUCUGCAGUGGCUGAACAGCAGGAAUCCCAGACUGGGCAGAGUCCUGCUCAGGCUGUGCUGAUUCUUCCCACCAGAGAGACUGAGGAAGACCACAUAAAGAUGGAGGAGACAGCCUUAAUGCAUAAAGGUCUGGAUGACACUGCCGAGAAAGGCCUCCUGUGUGUGGAUGAGGAAAGGUUUUUCCACAGGCCAAAGAGCUGGGACACCAGUCAGAGAAAGGCAAAAAGCUUGAGAGAGAGCAUGGAGAUGACCAGAGCUGCCAGUAGUGAGAGAAACAUUGUUAGGGUUUGUGAAGGCUCAGUUAAUGUGCCAAAAGAGGAUGAAAAAGAGGCAGAUGAGGAGUGAGAGGAAGAUGGGGAGAGAGAUCUAGAGAAGAGGGGGGACACCAAAGAGAAAACAGAAAAGAGAAGCAGAUAACAAGAGAAAGCCUGACAAGAAGAGCAGGGAAGAAGAUAAGCAUAAGAGAGAGGCAGAAGAAAAGAAAGAGGCAGAAGAAAGGACAGAAGCAAAGAAAAGCGAAGCAGAGGACAAAAGAGAGGAAGAGGAGAAAAGUGUGUAAAGGAAGUUUUCCGACGGCACUGUAUUUCUAGAUUGAUAUGAUGACUGCCGAAUAGAUAUAAAUUCUUUAUUCGAAUAAAGCACGUAACAGAGCACUCUGUGACCAGUCCUACCGGAGGACCUGUAUGAGAGAGUCGUUUGACAGAGUGGUAGCCUUCACAAUUCAGUCUUAUUUAAACUUAUAA